UACUGAUAAAGGCAACUCAUAUAUCUCUCGACUCAGGUAUACUGAACCACAUAUAGUCGCUGUCUUACAUUAUGAAGCAGCAUUAGAACGUUUUUUUCUGGAAAACUUCGUAGUGAAGACACUGAUGGUGUGUUGAAGGAGCUCGUCCAGAGGUGGUAGCCUAUUGCAGGAAGUGAGGGAGGUGAUAACCUACACCAGCAAGCGAGGGAGAAGUAGAUACACCAGCAACAGAGGAAGGAAGCAUCUUUCAGGAACAAGCGAGGAAAGAAGGGGUUGUUGUCCCUUGCCAGGCUACCAUGGCCACUAACCAAUCAAACAAUGCAUCGCGGAUGUCUAUCGUUUGGGUGGCCAUUUUUCUCCUCGCUAUAUUAUUCAUUACAUUUUUUACAAAUAAUAUGGGUCUUAUUGCAUUUUUAGGAGGAAUUAUUGGUAUAAUGAUGUUUGUGGCAGCCUGCACGAUAGUGUUAGAAAAGAAACUCACCAGCCCGGAGGAGACCACAAACCCGACAGUGUCUGAGGGCUCAGCUACCAUCGCUCAAAUUACAAUAUAUUCAGGGAACCAAAGGCCACAGACAGACAGGCCAACAGGCGCUGCCAGAGCAUCAUUCCACCUGCAAGCACUUGAUGUUUCAGAGCUCACAGCUUCCGUCUCUGACUUCGACAGUAGCCGUGAUGUUGCGAUGAGAGAGUCGCCUCCACCUUACUCGGAAAUACACCACAGCGACAUUAUCUCCACCUCUCUAAUGUCACAACUCCCACCUUCCGACUCCUCUCUCCUUUCUGCCUCUGACCAAGAAGCUGCAACAGACGCCUCCAGUGUGUUCAGGCCCUCUCCUGAUGGUCUACCUAGCUAUGAAGUGGCUGUAGCGACCAGUCCGUCCCCCAGACCGACGCCCUCACUGCCAUCAUCGUCCUCAACACAGUUCUACUCUUGAUGCUUCAAAUUAUUUGACUUGGCCACAAUCAUAGCGUUUUAAAGACUUUAAUUCAAAUAAAAUAACUGUAAUGAGAGUCAUGUAUAAGUACCCAAACACCACACACACUCAAGCAUGCCAGUACCAACUUCAGUGUGACUGUAUGCUGGCAACAAACACCACACACACUCAAGCAUACCAGUACCAACUUCAGUGUGACUGUAUGCUGGCAACAAACACCAUACACCCUCAAGCAUGCCAGUACCAACUUCAGUGUGACUGUAUGCUGGCAACAAACACCACACACACUCAAGCAUGCCAGUACCAACUUCAGUGUGACUGUAUGCUGGCAACAAACACCACACACACUCAAGCAUGCCAGUACCAACUUCAGUGUGACUGUAUGCUGGCAACAAACACCACACACACUCAAGCAUGCCAGUACCAACUUCAGUGUGACUGUAUGCUGGCAACAGGAAAUUAAGCCUAAUAGCACCUUCCUUGCCAGUACAGGAGUAAUGUUAUGGUCUCAACUGCCACUGUAAGCAAAUCCACAUGAGAAUAUAAUUACCAUACAAUUUACAUUCCAAAACUUUAUUCAUAAAUGGCUGUACAUU